ACUCCUAUAUAUACCUCUGAUCACCUUCACCAUUCCCACCCAAUCUCCUCGGCACAUUUAUGGUUAAUUCCUCACCCAUCUCUCCACAUCAAACCAAAAUAAAACCCCUACUAUUAGUUCUCCAUCUUUUAGCAUUUCUCUGCGAUUAGCUAUUCCCUAUUCAGUCUCUCUCUCUCUCUCUCCCUGGCGUUGGCGUGAGAUUGCGGAAAUGGCAAUGGAUUUAGAAGCGGAGGGGGAGAAGAAAGAGGAGGCGGCGGAGCGGCAGUACAUGGAAGGGGUGAAGCAGCUUUGCGAGAGCGGCAUCAAGAAGGUGCCCAACAAGUACAUCUUGCCAGCCUCGGAGCGUCCUCGGGUGAACGGACGGCGCGAUACCGCCGCUCAAAACCUCAGUCUCAAGCUGCCCGUCAUUGAUCUCUCUCUGUUGCACUCGAAAGACCACGCAUCGGUUAUUCAGUCCUUGGAAAAGGCCUGCGAGGAGUACGGAUUCUUUCAGAUAGUGAACCACGGCAUUCCGAUCGAGGUUAUAAGGGAUAUGGUCGGCGUCGUGAGGAGAUUCUUCGAGCUUCCGUUUGAGGAGAGAUCAAAGUAUAUGUCGUCCGACAUACGAAAUCCAGUUAGGUACGGGACGAGCUUCAACCAAAUGAACGACAAAGUGUUUUCUUGGAGAGACUUCCUGAAACUCAGCUGCCAUCCUAUCUCCAGCGCUCUCCCGUUUUGGCCUUCUUCUCCUGCAGACUUAAGGGACAAAGCACUUUUAUAUGUCAAGGAAAUGAAGAGUUUGUUCAUGGAUCUGAUGGAAGCGAUUUUGGAGACUCUAGGAGUGAACCGUGGCGUGCUCGAAGAAUUUAGAACUGGAUCGCAUAUCCUUGUAGCGAAUUGUUAUCCGGUGUGCCCCGAACCGGGACUUACCCUCGGAAUGCCGCCCCAUUCUGACUAUGGCUUCCUCACUCUUCUCCUCCAGGACGACGUCGAGGGGCUACAAAUCCAGCACGGCGACGAAUGGGUCACCGUCGAGCCAGUCCCUGACUCUCUUGUCGUAAACAUCGGCGAUCAUUUUGAGAUAUUCAGUAACGGGAGGUACAAGAGCGUUCUCCACCGAGUGUUGGUCAACCCUGCGAAGCUCCGAAUCUCCGUCGCAUCCCUCCACAGUCUCCCCAUCGAGCGCGUCGUCGGGCCCUCCCCCGACCUUGUCGACGACGACGACAACCCGCGGCGUUACAUGGACACGGACUUCGCCUCGUUCCUCGAUUACAUCGCCUCGUGCGAAUCGAAGCACAAGAACUUCCUCGAGUCAAGGAGGUUGACUCCUGGCAAGGCCCUCCCUGAUAGUCAACCAAUUUGACUUCUGAUUCCCUCGCCAAAAAGGCGUUGACAAUUUGAGCAUCGUAUUUUUGGGCUAUUUAAAUAUUCCGACAAAUUAAUUGAGACUACGUCAUCAUCACCAUCAUCCUCCUUUUCAAAUUAUUCAACCACUCAAUUGUAGGAGAUAAGAUCCGUAUAGUAUGUACGUAGAAAGGAGAGAGUAAGGGAUAAAAAUAUAUCUAUAAUUAAUUAUACUUGCGGUUGGAAUCCUUUUAAUUAUCUUUGUAAUAUAUAGAAAUAGGUAUAUAAAUUAAAGAUUGACCUUUAGCUUUUAUUUAUUUA